AGGAAGGAAAAAAAGUGAACACUAACAACACCAAAGAGAAAUCACUUAAGUUUUGUUUCUCAGAAAAUGCAAACCACACAAUUUCAUAUUUAGAAAAAUUGCUAGAGGAAAAUGCAGAUCUGAGUGACGUGUGAGGUGUGUGUGUGGGUGACAGUGUGUAGUCACAGAAUCUGAGGCUCUCCCCACAGGGUGACCCUCAGCAGACAGAGCAGAGCACUGCGGCUGGAAUACGUAGCACUGUUUUUGCUGCCAUGGCGAAUGAGCAAAGAGUGCAGCUGAGCACUCAGGGAGCUGGACCUGCCUUGCUGCAACUGGAGAAACUCGAAACUCUGAACACACACUCGAAACUCUGGACGGGGAAGAGGGUGAUGUUCCUGAAGGUGCAGCCCAAGGUCCUAGGGGUCGUGCAGAUCAUGGUUGGCCUGGUAAACCUCAGUGUGGGAGUAGUCAUGAGUCAAGCCAGUCUGCAUCCUGUUACAGAGAACUCCUUGCUGUCUUAUCGUUCUGUGGGGCCCAUGUCAGUGGAUGCGUGGUACACAAUUUGGGGAUCCAUCAUGUUUAUUUGUUCAGGAUCUUUCACACUUGCAGCAGGAAUAAAGGUCGUAAGACGUUUGGUCCAAGUCUCUGUAGGCUUGAACAUCACCAGCGCUGUGUUUGCGAUUGUGGGCAUAACUAUCAGUAGCUUCAGCCUCUUCCUUUCUUCAUGCCCGUAUUCAGAAUGUUCCCUGAUGCGCACCGUUUUUCUGGGUCUGGAUGGAAUUGUGCUCACUUUAAGUGUGCUGGAAUUGUUCAUUGCUGUAGUCCUCUCUCACUUUGGAUGCCGAAUAACCUGCUGUGAAGUUAUGUUAGUUGUAUCAUCAGAUCCUCACACAACGCAAACAGCACCUUUCGCACAACGGGAGGAGGUGUGAUGGCACCAAGAACUCCUGAAAAAGUGAUGGGAAAAAUCUACCCUGAGUUCAGUGUGGGAACCCCACCUGGGAAACGAACAGGAUCUGACUGUGAUUUAUUUUAGUUGUUUGUGUAUAAAUUCAGAGUCAUAUUCUCAGUAUAACCAGGAAGGUUGCAAAUCUUUCAACUCACUAACAGAAUGACAGAUAUUAAAUAAAUAAAUCAUGGAUUUAAUUGGUCAAUA